CUUUUUCCACUGCAGGAUUGUUUUUAUAAAACUUUUCACAUGUGAUUCUUUGUGCAGUUCUUUUAAGUCUGGCAGGAGCUACCAACUACAGCCUCAAAGAAGAUAAUUUUCUUGAGAGUUCCUGGUUUUAUCUUCAUGUUACAGCUGGUAAGAGCGUUUUGCCUUUUUUUUUUUUCCCCCACUUCAUCUUGCUCUUUAUGAUUAAAGGUUGCUCACAGUAUGUUUCUCAAGUUUUGUGAGAGGGUGUAGGGAAGAUGGUUCCUGAUGUUCUCUAAUGGAAUUGAAAAAAGAAAAAAAUAAAAAUUGACACCCACCCCUUCUGGCAUCUUGGAAAAAUAACACUAUGUGGGAUUUUUCCAGUAUGUGUUCUUGUCAGUUGUUCAUCCCUUAAAUCAAUUACUUUUUAUUUAAAAUGAAAACAUAAUAGAAAACAAGAAUUUGUUUGGGAGGAAAAAUUAAGGGUUUUGUUGUUUCUUGGCAUUAUUAUAAGAACAAGUGUUCAAACAGUCUGGAAUGCUGCCUGAGUGGAAGCAACCGUGAAGGAAGGGAAAACACUUUUUUAAUGAAUGACAGCGCUCGCUUCCGUGUGUCAGAGCACACAGCUGAGCUCCUCCAAACUGAUGCUCUGAGGCAGCUUGUACACUGGGAGCUUAUUCCCUGUUGAACGAUUCCAUGAACAAAAUUCAGCUCUGGUUUCACAUUAGUGUAGUCAGGAUCCCUGCUUUGCCUCUGAAUGCUUUGCAAAAUAAAUCUUAACACUUUGAAUGACUGUUGCUCAGCCAGACUGCUGUGCAUAAGCAUGGAAAGCUGUAUGUCAUUACUUAACUGAUUGAAAAACCCAAGGCAAUUCUUUGGGAAUAGAUUGGAGCGUAAGAGGACUGUGAGGCAGCACUACCAUCCGACAUCUGAUUUAACAUAAAAACUACUGCUUAAGUGUGGAAGAAAUUUAACCAAGAAACAGAUGAUGCUUCAUCUUACCCACAAGCGUGUGGGCGCUGUGCCUGGUGAAGUCAGACAGUGUGGGAAGCUGUUGACAAGAUUUCAUCCUGACUCAGCUAAAGGAGUUGCCCACAGAAAGCUGUUCCAAGUUUCACUGCCAGUACAGAAAUCUGUUCUGAUGUGAUGAUACACAGCAUUUUUGUCCAGCCAACGUAUCAAGCCACAUGGUUCUCCAAGUCCUUAUCAGCUUAUUAAAUAUUUAAGUUGGUCUAAAUGUCAAAAACCACAAGUAUGCAAUAUUGACUGUUCCUGCACCUGAAUAGGCAAACUUAUUUUUUGAGUAAGUAAUGAUUACUAAAUCGGAUUAAAUGAAACUAAGCUGAAAUAUAAUUCAAAACUAAUUGAGGUACUGACAGCUUGCUGAGGAGGUACUCCAUAGUUUAUUUUGAAUGGGUGCUGAGUCUAAGUUUACUCAAGGCCAGUAAAUAAAAUGUCUUAUAUUUAGAUUGUGCUUUUUAUUUCUGAAAGCUAGGUCUAAGAUGUAACUAUUAGGCAGAGUACCUAAGAGACAGGCUAGGUCGUAUGUUGUGGUUGAGACAGACAAACGACAUAGACGAAGUUCCUUUCAUGUACAAACAGCAGUCACCAUUUAUUGCCACAAACACCAGCUCAAGUGCCUUUUUGCUGUUGGUUACAGGCUGCACUAGUAACAUAUCGUUGGCUAAUUUUGCUGUUGUCAAUUUUACUCUUUUACUCCCUUCUUUCUCACAGGUACACCUUAAUAUCUCUGGAUACUCCUUUACUCCCUUCUUUCUCACGGGUAGGCCUUAAUAUCUUCAAGGCCAAUCUCUGUUCCCAUGCCCUCCAUCAGGGAGUCCAUGGACCCACCAUAGUCCCCCACAGUUGUAUAUCCUGUAUCUACAUCCCAAGCAUUGUAUUACUAAUGGUAAAUUUAUAAAGAAUUCAAACGAGUUAAUAAAGUAUGCAUAAAUGUAUGUUACAGACAUGAAUCUGGUGUGAAGAUGUUUUUUACCUGUGAUUAGUCUACAUUUGUAAUCACAUGGAAAAGGUUAUAUUUCCUUCAGCAAAGAAAUGAAACCAAUUACUAGCUCAAAUUUUGCGACUGUUCUGCAUUCCUUGAGUAGGUUUUUUGACAAGUCAGUGGAGGAAAAAAGUAUAAUUAACAUUUCCAAAAGGUUGCACUUGUUGGACUGCAAAUGGACUACAAGUUCUUGUAAGGACAUUGAGUUAUUUUUCUUUAACUGGCAAAUUUUAAGGUGUAGAUUGUCUUUUAAGUUCCUCUUUAUAUAGGUUAUUUUUGAGUGCCUGCAAUUACAUUUAGCAGUCAAAGAAAUUGAGGUGAUAUAGCACAAGGGCACAUACAUCCUUCAAUUUUAGUUCAAGAGCUGAUUUCACUUAAAUGCUGAUCAGCCAACCUAGUACAACAAUAUUAGUCAGGCUGUUUUUUGUGUUUGGUGACAAGAAUUUUGUGUGACCUGUCUGUUAAAAUGUUGAGUAUCUGGAAACUGCUCAAGUAUCCUCUUAUUUUACGCCUACACAUGUGAAAAAAAAACAACUUAGAAAACCAGAUGAGGAAGUAUUCUCAUAGCAUGAAAGUAUAGGGGACAUUAUGAAAGAGGGUACUGAAUUCUUGCAUGCCCUACAAGCACCUACUUCAUUUCAUCUGUUUAUAAAUACUCUGUAUCUAAAGAUCUUAGAAUACUUUAAAACACUUAGUCAGUUCUUCCAGUAUCCUGCUUGGGGAAGUGAUAUAUUAUCACAGCUACACACAGUAGGUUUCACAGACUGAGGCUGAUUGCCUGGUGUCUCAGGACAGCUAGUGUCAAUGCCAAAAAUAAACCCCGGUCAAGGCUGAUUGCCUGGUGUCACAGGACAGCUAGUGUCAAUGCCAAAAAUAAAUCCCAGUCAAGCCUGCUGCUCAGAUUAAAACAGAAGAAGCAAGGAACAAGCUGUGUCUGCUACUGAAGGAAGUAUUGAAUAGAGAUAACGCUGCCAGUGCCCAUCAGACAGAUUAACAUGGACAAUGUGCAUUAUAUCACAGUAGGCAAUUCUUCUGUAGUCUAUCUUCAGACACAGUGGCACAGCAGUAGCUGCAGUUCUGCAUCCUCAUACAGGUGGAUGUGCAAGCCCACAAAACUAUCCUCUAACAGAGCCACAGCCAUUCACAGAGGUUGGAAAAAAAGGAUUUAGCCAAUUGAGCAGCAUCCUCCAAAGGAAACGCAGCAUUAAACCUACUUUAGGUCACACCGGCUUGCUUGUUUCCAGAUUUGCCUUCACAAGCUAAUAAUGCUAGAUGAUGAAAGUAGCUUCAUUGUCUGCAGUAACGUUUAUGUAACAAAUGACUUCUUUUGGCUGAAAGAUGUGCCCACUUCUCAUUGGUAGCAAGUUUAAAUGCAAACUUGCUGUCUCACUUUUGCAUUUCUUAUUAGUAAACGCUUCACAGCUAACACAUCCAUCUGCCCACUAAAAAUACUGCCAAUAAUAUUAGGGCAAUUACAAAGAAGCAAAAGCUGGGAUAUUUCAUACACUUUAGCCAGUGAUAGUCAUCUAAGAGAUUAUUUAAAGAUGGAUACACGAAACACAGAUUAAGUAGUCCACACAUCUGUGAACAAAGGUCUGAAACCUGAAAGGUAAGUCUGUGGAAGAGCAUUUAAAAGUAUCCCCAGAAUGUAUGUUCCUUAAUCUCUUUUGUGUUUCCUUUUCAUCAUUAACAUGGCUAUGGUGAGAAGGCAGUGAAGUCGUACAAAGGAGCCAACUGUGCAACACAUUCCCUUUUCAUCAAGUCAGCAGAUAUAUUUCUUGUAUAAAGGUGAAAGGGGGAUGAUGUCAACCAAAAGCCAUAGAGAAGCCAGUUGAACUCCACACCUUGUAGCCUUUCAUUGAUGUAACACUUACAGUACUCUGCAGUUUUUAAUAUUUUAAUUGCUGAGCAAGUGCCACACUGUAUUACAGGACCUCCUGGCGGGAGAUCAACCUUUUAUGUGUACUGUAGCAUGGACUAUGAAUAUGUAUUACUGCAGUCUAUUCUGUGGCAGAGAAUAGAAGGAGGUUCCAACAGAGUUUACUUGAGCUGUAAACCUGAAGAGCAUUAUAUAGGAAAUAUAGUAAUAGUGGGUGUAUCUGCUUUCCAAAAGGACUGUUAAAACUGACCUUGAAUAUAAUUUAGAACAGCCCUAAUAGUAUGUUUUAGAUAUCUGUACAGAAAAGGACAACAGUUUCCUGCAGCUUCGUUUUUUUUCAAAUCCACACUAAUUGGUGAAGAAACUGUUCACCCACAAAAUUCCCAUAUAAAUAAAACAUAAAAGUCCAUUAAAAUACCUCUAGAAGCUUCUUAUUAAAAUUUUCUCCUGAGACUACAGAUAGUGGAAUAUUCAAAAGAAUCUGGCUCCACAAGGAGUAAAACAUACUUUAUAUAUGGGGAACUUAUGACAUUUUAGGACUAGGCUUCUAAUAAGUUGCCUCCUUGAAUUUCUGAGUUCUGUAAUUUUGUUACGGUCUAUUUAUCAUGCUGCCCACAGAGGUUUCCAUAAGGAACCAAUUAAGUUUCACAUACGCAAGCAGUAACUACGUCUUUUUACUGCUUUACCAAAUUGAGAGCUUAAUAAAGUAAGUCUACAUAAAAUGGAAAUGUUGCCAGAGCUAAUUUAAUUUUUCCCCUAUACUGCAUAAUUAAAAUAGCAUUUGUGAACUGAUUUAAAUUUUCCCUGCACUUGAGCUAUAUAAUAAAGAAAUGCAACAUGGAAGUAUCUUUGCUGAAAACCUUCAUCUUGCUUUAACUUUUUUUCCCACAAUGGUCUCCAUAUACCAUGAUGCUUUGAGAGCAGCAAUCACCGCAAGCAUUAUGCCGAGUGACCCCAGUAACCCAAACAAACUGCUAGAUGAGGAGUUCAGCAUGACAGCGUCAAGUCAAGUGCUGUUAAAACCACUUAGGUAGUAAAAAAAAGGUAUAUGUGUAAUAAGGACCAUAUUGGGUCCCAUAAAUUUGUAUUUUUGUUACCUCCUGAAAUGUAACAGGAUCUAUGUUGCACAGAUCCUUGCUUUCUAGGGAAAUACUCAUGCCAUCUGCUGGAAAGUUAUGUAAUUCAGCAAGUAUUUUUUUCCAUAGCAUUUUACUUUACUGUUAUUUAGGUGUUAAAAUCUUGCACUUGUUUUGCAAAGAUCUGUUGGUAAAUGUAAUAUAGUACAAAGGCAAUUAGGUCAGGUGGUCUGGCAACUGACAGCACCUUUUUGUACACUAAAAGGGUAUUGAACAAAUUGCCGGCAUAAUUUGGUACUGAUUAUUUGGUCAUAACCUUUUCAAGUGAAACACCAACAGUUCAUCCAGUCAGUUAGCACUUAAGACAUCUUUUCUCGCCUGAACUGACUGGUUAAUCAUGCUAAUUUUAUAAUAUGGUUGAUUGUGAUUAAAAAUUAAAAUAAGAUCAGUUCAUGUGGAUUGCAGAAACAUCAGAAUCAUCUGCAGAUUAUUUCUAGAUUUCUGGAUUGAAAUUAGUGACAUAAUUCCACGUUUUCAGUUCCUUGGGCAAACCUCUAGCUUGCAUGUGGCUUAGGUCAGCCAAUGAAUACAUCUUUAGACACCCCAUAAUUACAGAUAUACAAUAUUUCUGCAAAGAUAAUGUCGGAUAACCAUCUAAUAAUAAAACAAAAAUUGUUAUGGAGUUGCCUGAUAACUACAAAAAGCAUCCUGCAUCCUCAAAGUUUAUGCAGAAAGCAGGACUGUUCUCUAGAUUUUACUAUUAAGUAUAAUAAUCUCCAGGUUCAUAUCAAUAUACUGUAUGGAAAAAAUACAGUAUUUAAUCAUCAAAAUUCUCAGCUAUAUAUAGCCAAUACUUUCUUGCUCUGUUACGACUCCAUAGCAAAGGCCCGUUCUGAAGAAACAGGACUCAUCUUGCAUAUGAAUUAAACUAUCUUGCUAUUCAGCUUCUGUACUGAGUAUUUUCAACUUGUUUCCUCUUGUAAAUUCCAUUUCUUGAUUUCAGGGUGACAUCAAUGUUUGAUCUUCAGUAAGCUCAGCUGGUAGUGCCUCUUCCUUCUGCAAAACAAGGAAUCCAAUAAUCAGUUUUGGGUCUUCAUCCAGCUAACUCAGUGAUGGUCAUUAGAUCACAGAAGAAUAGUUAACUGUUUCCAAGAUAAUUCUGUGCUUGUUUUAUAAAACUUGCAAGAAAACAAGCGUUAGUGCAAAAUCUUUGUGAGUUGAUCAACAUAUGCAAGGUACGUGUUACAGUCAGUAAUGAUUCUUUGUUGAAAGAAACUUAAUAGUGUAUAUUUGUACAGCAUAUUUUACAAAUAUAGAAACACGGUCUGCAUGGACAUGUUUAUAUCUUCUGUUUAUAUUAGUUUACAAUUUCUACCCUGUUUUCUGUUGGAAAAUAAUUUCUCAAAGUAGGCAAGUUUUAUUACAUGCAUUAUUUUAGUAGCUAAUUAGAAUGUUAGCUGGGCUGGUUCUGUUUAGACCAUUGAUAUUAUUUCAGAGUACAUUAGGUUUUUGAUACCACUUUUAAUCCCAGCAUUAAGGCUUUUAAAUAUUAUCUGUAACCUUGUACCCUAAAAUUUUGCAAUAAAGCUUGACUAAAUAGUUGUCUGUUGAUGCUAAAAAGCUCUCUUUUAUAAACAUAUUAAGCUGCAGUAGGAAAUCGGAAAUGCACUUCAAUAUUUCAAUAUAUGUAAUUUAAUGUUAUUACAUUAUGAAUGCUUGAAAAGCAUAAAGUGAAUGCCAUAUAAUAUAUAAUAUUCAGAUAUAAUAUUCAGAUUGCUUUAACAUAGAUUGAGGAAAGGAGGCAAAGCUCAUAAUGCAUUGGGAACUACUAAUGGCAAUGAAACAUACAAACAAGUUUUGAAGCUGUCAAAUUCUGUUUUGAAAGAAAGAAAAUAAAUACCAUCUUCUAGAAAUUUUGCUGUUCUGUAAGUUACUGAAAUCUGUCUUAUAGGGGGACUGAGAAUCAUGUUAGAGUGAAUAUUCAGGAAGCCUCCAUCCCUUUUGAACUGCCUUUAUUUUUUUUAGAGAGAGGUUAGACCAAACUCCAUCUAAGGAUUUGAUUAUUUUCUACCUAGAAGCUUCUCUUUCAGCAAUUAGUCUUUAGCUACCAAAUCUCAUUGGUCUUUUAUUAUUACAGUCACUGUUACUAUUUUGGCAAUAACAGUAGAAGAAUAGGUAUCAUAAAAUAGCCUUUCAGAUGUCUGAAAAGAGUGCUUUUGGCAGCGGGAAAGGCUACAGAGAUAUACUGCACAGAGGCUGGACGAAAGGCAAAGCCUGUUUCACAUGAUGCCUGGAACGUGAGCUGCAGUACCACUGCAGUGCGAAAGUCAGCUCAGAGAAGCUGUGUGGUCUUAGUCCUGUUGGCCAGACAGUCAUAAAUCGUGUUGUCAUGUUUAAGAAUAAGGGAGAAGUUUUAAAUAUCAAUUAAUCCAGGAGAAGAUACAGCAAAGAAACUGCAGAACACAGAGCUGAACAAGCUACCUUGACGCUGCUUAUCCUGUUGAGACUUGUGAUGUCUUCAGGCAAACUCACAAACACCUUCAGUCUGCGUGGGAUGGACAACCCAAACAGCAGCAGAAGGGGGUGGUAGUUAGGAGGGGAGAGCAGAGUUAAGCUAGAGUUAUAGGGACAGGAAAAUCCAUUUAAAACCCCCAUAUAAUGCAGAUGCUACUCUCUGUUUUUAUCUUUUACAUCACUUCAUGUUUUUUCUUGCACAGAGUUCCACCUUACAACUAGAGAUGAACCUGCUCUACAGAUGAAUCAGCAAAUGAGUCUUCUGACAGUAAGAGUCUUGAUUUAUAUAUUUAUUUGUAAAUGUCAGAGGGUAUAUAAUUACAAAGAGAAGGGAUAACACAAAGUGUAUUAUCUUGAUGAAUAAAAUGGGGAAAUUGGAGGAAUGAUUUUGUCUCUAACACCAGCAAGGAGUUUGGUAUUAUUCAGGUGGGCUCACUUACGGAAAAAGAUCAUCAUAGAUGGAUACUAGCCAAUCUGGGUGGGGAGGGGAAGUGGAAUUUUUUGAUUCGUUUUUUAAAAAGCUGCCUGGUUCUUGGUGAGGGUUCAAGUCUGCCCUCAUUCCUUUAGGUGGGCUAAGAUCAGGCUAGAAAAGUCGUUUUCUUCUUCUAUGAGGGAUCCUGUGUGGUGAAGGCCAAUGGGAUGCCUGUCACUGUUGUUCUGUGAUAAGGGGUACAGAAGGCCACAGCUCUGGCACCCCCCAGAGGAAGCCUUGAAUCCGUGUGUAGGCAAGGGCUCUCAUCUGCACAACUUGGCGAGACAAGAUUUUAUUCGGGUGCUGACUCAGCCGUAACGUAUACACAGUGCGUUUUUAAUUGAGAGGGUGCCAGGGCUGCAGAAAUGCUGAAAGUUCGUAACUGUACCUAUGUGAAAAGUACAAAAAUGGCUAAUGCUGGUGGAAAAGAAAUAUAUCUUAGGUUUCUUCACUUGGAUGCACAAAAUUAGAUAAUGUUUUUUGAAUGCGGCAACAUUAAUGUAGUUGCACUCCUCUGAUCUGUAAUGUGAGGAUGAUACAAACAGCUGCUGCAGCAUUUCUGGUGGAUUAUAGGGUGUUAGAGUAACAGGAGUACCACAUAAACAUAUCAGAUGAAACUAUUCAUUAUCAAAAUUAGUGCUAGGAUCAGACUGAGUGUGAUCUAUGACCACAUAUUAAGCAAGAGAAGUAGAAAUGCACAUUAAAUAUACAGUGCUGGCUGAGCUUAAAAACUAGUAUCCUGUCAGCUGUAAGACAUAUAGAAGAUAAAUCUAAAUCAUGACUGAAUGGGAAAUUUUAAUUUAAGAAUUUCCUUAGCUUUUCCUUUCCUUUAAAAUCUUUUAAGUUCUGUUAAUAUGUUUUGAUUUAGCAAAUAUGUACAAGGUUUUUCUGUUAAUGCAGUGUAAUAUGAAUUACAGUCAGACUGAAUUGCAGCAUUUCACAUUAUUUUAAUUCAAAGUCUAUAUACAACCAGUUUUGAUUUAUCAGCACCCUCUAGAGCAGGAGUGUCAAACUUGUUUUCACGGGGGCCCACAUCAGCUUCGUGGUUGCCAUCAACGGGCCAAAUGUAAUUUUAGGACUGUAUAAAUGUAGGAGUAAGCAGAAAGCUCUGGCAGCCUUUCCAUUAAUCUUAGAUAGCUGAGGUAGUACACUCCUCUUUUUGCCUUUUAUUGGACUUCCUGAUACUCUAAACAUUUAAAAAUAGUUAUGGAUGUAUUAGAACUAAAUUGAAACAUGUUAAAUUAUUAAGUGAUUAUAUUAUUAAAACAGACCGUAAAAUGCUUUCAUGUGAAAACCGUACUUCAGAAAAAAGAGCCAACGAAACAAAACUAUUUACCUGGCAACCAGGGAUAACAUUCAUAUUAAAGUGCAACUUUACAAGCCUGUGGCUGAUGUUCUACCUAUUGCAACUGCAAUAGGAGUGUCUGAAGAUGUACCACAAGGUUUAGCUCACCACUGUUGCAAGAAAAACAAGUCAUCGUUUAUGUGAGGAUGGGUCAGCUCCUGCUGCCUCCGUCACAGGUCCUCCAUGGACUGUCUACUUUUUUCCCUUUAGGAUUUAUAUCUUUCUAUACUGGUGUUUUCCUUCUUCAGUCCUUGAACUGCUCCUUAACCCCAUUUCAAUAACCUCACUUCUGUCUGCCAUUUUUUUAUUUUGUGUGAUUUUCACAAUGUAGCAAAUUUCUCAGUCUGAGCCACGUGCAUCCAGCUGGCCUGUCUCAAAACAAGCCUUUGGGUCACAGAGACCUGGGUCCAUAGGAGGAGAGUAACAUAUCAAGAAAGCCCACCUCUGUUCCCCCCAGUCAUCACCAGUCUCCCUCUUGACCCAGGUGUUUCUGAAGACCCCACGCCUCCUACAGCCCAGCUGAGCUUUCACAGGUAGGUCAUGCAACCGCUGUUGAAAGGCAAUACCGUCUCUGCAGACCUGCCAGCCUUCACAAAUGUGUAAUUCAGGCUGUCUCCUGGAACGCGUCUGGGCUGCUUUGUUGGUUGUUGUUGGCAAAACACUAGAAUUCAGCUGUAGCAAGCACCUGAUAAACAGUAACGCACCAAUAGCUCCUAACAGGAACCUGAGGGUUGCAGAAGUUACUGUCUUCUGUUUCUAAGAUUGGGAAUUUUGUUUUCAAACAGUGGUGCUUAACUGCCAAGGAAGAAGCAGCCAUUUCCCUAUCAGUUUACCCUGGGAAUGCAUUAUUCAUCAUAUGGAAUUAGAGAGCUUAACUGAAUGUCUUUGACAGAGCUCCUGAGCAAUAGACCACAGAAGCUGGGUAGUUAAGAUGCUGCUGAUUCUUUCAAAGUAAAAUAUAACUUGAUCUAAAAAAAAGUUUGACAGAUUUUUUUUUUUGAUAUGUUAAUUUGUUUGAAAAAAACAUUGUAAAAAGAAUUAAACAUGGGCUCAUCAUCUGGAAGUUACACUUGAUACAGAGAUUUUUAUUAGUAUCCUUACUAGUGUCAUAAUAUGUUUGCUGCUGCAACCAAAAACUUCGUUAAACAGGUUGGUGAUGGAGGAAGACUAAUUCCAGUGCCCAGUCUUAGUGAAGCUGAUAAAUACCAACCUUUGAGCCUUGUGAUUAAGAAAAGAAAAUGUUUACUUUCAAAAAAAUCUAAAUUUGCUUCAACACCUUUCACAUUAAAAGAUAUUCUUCAAGGGGAGAAAGAAAUUUCUGCAGGUAUCUCGUCUUACCAGUUGCUCAACUAUGAAGAUAAAUCAGAUGUUUCACUGAAUGGUAGAAGAGGAAAUCAGAUAACCAAUGAAGUUGGUUUUGAUGUUGCUGGAUCAGAUUCUGUUGCCUUUAAAGCUUCAUUUGGCAUAGUGACCAAACAUGAGGUUGAAGUACCAACAUUACUCAAAGAACUUACUACAAGAAAAAUAAAUUUUGAUCAUUGUCUUGUCCAUCAAUCAAGAAAAAGUAGGAUGGAAAUUUUGUGCGUGGUCAUGGAAAGUAUUAGAACUACAAGGCAGUGCUCAUUAACCGUCCACACUGGGAUGCGUGGAGAGAUGAUGAGGUUUCACAUUAUUGAAGAUCAGAAUCAUAAAGGGCGGGACAAAGCCAUUGUUUUUCCUGCGCAUACAACAAUUGCUUUUAGUGUAUUUGAACUCUACAUUCAUUUGGAUGGUAAUUUUGAAUUGUGUGUGACUCCAAUUUCAAAAGGAGGAUUUGAAAAAGAGAAAUCUGGAUCCUCUUCACUGACCAAAUUAAGGAGGUUAAAGACUAAUCUGUUUCAUCGAAAUAAAAGAGUAGUGGAUAUAGUUGCUGACUCUGAUGCUUACUUGGAGGACCUCUUUACAGAUUACUAUGAAAAAGCUGCGAGCAUGACUGAUGUCUCUACGAGUUAUCUCAGAGAAGGAUCUCAUAUCCGAAUUAAUUUACUUAAUAACAACAUCCCCAAAGGUCCCUGUGUCCUUUGUGGAAUGGGAAGUUCUAAACGGGAGACAGUCUAUGGAUGCCUGGAGUGUUCUUUUAAUGGACAGAAGUACGUACGACUGCAUGCUGUGCCCUGUUUUGACCUCUGGCAUAAGCGAGUAAAGUAACUGAGCAAGGUAAGUGCCUGUUGCCGCAGACAUGGGCAUAAUUGUGCCACAAACUUUUCAGAAUUAGUAAAUAUGAUUCAGACUGUUGAAAUGCAAAAUAGUCAAACGCAAAACAUUUUAUUACACUACUGUCUUCAAAUUAUUUGCUUCACAGUCAAUGACCUUUUACUUGAAAAUGCCCUCAUGCAUUCCCUGAUAUUGCUUUUCUUCUUUCUAGACCAUUCUCCAUUAUAAUGAUAAAGAAAAAUGUACUUUUAAACUGUAUUUUCAUGUCAAAAUGUAUGCUAGAACUUACUGUAAGUUGUUUACAUAAACUUGUUGCUAAACUCCAAAA